AUAGAAAGGACGGUGAAUGAGAAGAACUUCCUGCAAGCCAUUGAUCAUCCUCUCAUCGUUAAUGCCAAACAUAACUUCUGGAAUAACGAUAAUGCUUAUAUCGCUUUCGAUCUUUCUGUAGGAGGAGAGUUGCAAAGAACACGUCAUCUGUUUAAAAAUUCGAUGAAAAUACUGCUCAAUUUUAUAGAGCUCAUUUUUUUGGCACUGAACUUUCUACAUGAAGUUGGCAUAGUCUAG